AUGACACACUCUGGUAGAGGUACCAAGUGGCACCACCGCGAUAAGUACCAUGACAACCUCUGGUUUAGCACAUACGACCACAGGGUGUGGAAAAUAGGGCUUCCCGUCCGCUCAGCCGUACUCAAGCCACACGCCGGCCGGUUAGUAGUUGGGUGGCGCCUUCGCGAAAUCACAGACCCAACCUCUUCCCCGUCCGCCACGAAGGAGGCAAACCCCUACCACCAUCUCCGGAUCACAGUGACGAGCGGCGGCUGUCACGGUUUCCAAUACAUAAUGUCCCUCGAGCCAGCCUCGAAGAUCGACCCGGAAGAAGACACGGUCUUCGAAGCGGAGGAGCAAGAGGGCGUCCCCGCCGGACCCGGCGAGGCUAAAGUCGUCAUGGACGAACCCUCCUUGGAUCUGCUCCAUGGCAGUACCGUGGACUACACUAUGGAGCUGAUUGGGAGUCAGUUCAAGAUCGUUGACAACCCGAGAGCCACGAGUAACUGUGGUUGUGGAACGAGUUUCGAUGUCAUGGAAUAG